UGCCAGGGAACGUUUUCGUAACCUUGAAUAAAAUCAAAACAUAAACAUUCGAUUGGAACAAAGGCUUUUACCAAUUAUUUUCAAAACAAAAUCAAACCACAUCUAAUUAUCGAACUUAAAAUAAUGGAAAAUUCUUAUUUAAAUGUGGCUCACGUCUACAGUAGAAAGGCGGAAUACUUUUCGAAAAAAGGUCGCUACGAUGAAGCAAUGGAGUGCCACCGCAAAACGGUCACGAACUUGGAUUUGGCCCUGAAAAUCUCGCCCCCUUCUACGGUUAUCUUGGAGUCGCUACAAAUACAAAAGAAGUACCACUUGAAACAGGUGGAAUCUUUAAAACUCAAAAAACAACAACACGAACGCUACAUGAAAGCCCUGGAAUACCAACGCCGAAGGAAUCCCGAAUACCUAGCCCAGCAAAUGGAGAAGCUAGACAAGUACAACGAGCUGCAGAUUGCCAUUUAUCACAACUUGGACGACACGGACACGUUGCUGGAAUCGCUUCAAAAGUCCCGCCUGGGAGGACAGCCGGAUCCCGCCGCUGGCAAGGCUCCGGUGGACGAGCUGGUUUCACUGAACCACGCGCUGCACCUGCUAAUCCAUAAAAUGGCGCAAAACUUUGACGAGUACGCCACCGAGAAUGAAAAUCUAAAGGAGAAGCUGAGACUUUACGAAAAAGAAUCCGAAAAUCAACCAGCGGUUGCGAACUCGCUGGAAACAGGCCGAGAUGCGCUCGAGGCGAUCGAGUUCCAUUCGCAGGAGCUGCCGGCGUUGGCGCCGCUGGAAUUGCCGUCGUUUGAUGUUUCCGGGUUUGAAAACAAUUAGUGAGAUUAGUGGUUUUUAAGUUAGUCUAAGGGAAUAAUCAAUAUGUUAGCAUAAUUAAUUUGGGUAAGCUUCUUGGUUGAUUUAUGAAAUAAAUCUUGAGACAUGA